ACAAUUUGACCCUUUACAGUUGGUCCAAGUUUCUAGACGAUUUGGUUUCCUGGAUCAAGCUUUCAAACGGCGGCGGGAGCAAAGCAAAGCUUGGACUUUGGCACAACUGCAGGGAGUUCUUUUCGCCAUGGCUGCGCCAAUCGAUCAAGCCGAGCUGCGCCGUGCCUUCGACAUGUUUGAUUCCAACCGCGACGGCAUGAUCUCCAGGCAGGAGCUCCGGGAGAUUGGCGACAAGCUGGGGAUGCGGUGGAGCGACGAGGAGACCAGCUCAAUGCUGGAGUCCGUGGACGAGAAUGGGGAUGGUCUGGUGGAUUUUGGCGAAUUCGUCGCCCUCUACUCGCAACACAUCCAGGGCGAGGAGAUCCAGGCGGCGGAGGAAGCGCGGAUCAAGGCCGAGCUCCAGGAGGCGUUUGAGGUGUUUGACAAGAACAAGGAUGGAUUUAUCACGGCGCUGGAGCUCCACUCCGUGCUUUGCAGCCUCGGCCUCAAGCACGGGAGCGAUAUGGUCCACGUCAAGAACAUGAUCUCCAGCGUAGAUGCCGAUGGCGACCACAAGGUGAACUUUAAGGAGUUUAGAACCAUGAUGUCCAAGGCCAAGGUCAUGUAACAGUAAGAACAGUGGAUAUGCGUGACAAAACAAGUUUGUGUGUCUCGAUUUGAUGGAAA